AGGAUCCCCCCUUUCAUGUUCUAUCCCGUUCGCAAAAAGUUUUUACUUUUUCAAAGGUUUCGUGGUUGCGAUUUUCAAUUCCAUCCUUUACAAGCACGUAUUUUUGUUGUACAAGUACAUCAUACUGCAUAUUGCCUAGGAUAAUAUUCAACUUGAAAUUUCAAAAGGAUUUUAUGAAUAGAGUAUGCAACGCAUUAGCGUGGUUUCUUUCUGAAGCGCAGUAUGACCUGGCUUCCAUGUUGAAUGUUCCCAUCCCCCGUUUGAUUCAAAGUACACUCCGCGGCAACAACUCCCAUCGGCGGUCCCUUUCCAGCGCGCGGAGAAGUGUUACCGCUGCCAGUCGGUUGCUGAAGACCUACUGCAGUCAAGAAGGUUCAUCAGCUUCAACGCUCGCUCCGUCCGCGGCUAGCACACGACGAGUUGUAUCGGGAAUAGUAUCGUCCGGCACGACAGCACCGUCCUCACCUCUACUUUCAUCAGUAGAAGCAAGCAAGAAAAGGCUAUUGUCCACCAUGGCCCCCGCCGCUGCAGGGACCCACAUAGCCGCGGCCCGUCCGCCGGCCGGUGCGGUGAUAGAGGAUUUGGAGAAGCCGGUGGAGGACCACCGCCUCUACCGGUACUUCACACUGCCCAACGGCAUGCAGGCGUGCGCCGUGUCCGACCACAAAUGCGACAAGGCCAGCGCGUGCCUCUCCGUCCGCGUAGGGUCGCUGUUUGAGCCGAAGAAGAUCCCCGGGCUCGCGCACUUCUGCGAGCACAUGCUGUUCCUGGGCACGAAGAAGUACCCGCGCGAGGACGACUACAACGAGUUUCUGGCGAAGAACGGCGGGCACAGCAACGCCUUCACCGCCGGCACGCAAACGGUGUACUACUUCGACGUCGCCAAGGAGCACCUGGAGGGCGCCCUGGACCGGUUUGCGCAGUUUUUCCUAGAGCCUUUGUUCACGGAAACCGCCACGGAGCGGGAGCUGAAGGCGGUGCACAGCGAGCACACGAAGAACAUGCAGUCCGAUCGGUGGCGGCGGAACCAGCUGAUGAAGAACAUGUUCAAUCCGGACCACGUGCUGAACCAGUUCGCCACGGGCAACAUGGAGACGCUGCACGAGACGCCGACGAAAGAAAACAUCGACCUGCGGCAGAACUUGCUGGAUUUCCACGCCAAGUACUACAGCAGUAACGUGAUGACGGUGUCCAUCCUCGGGCACCAGUCCCUUGACGAACUGCAGGCCCUAAUCACGGAGAAAUUCGCCAACGUGACAGAUAACAACGUGGAUAUUCCCCGGGGGGAGGCCAUCGGCAAGGGCGUCGCGCCGAUGGUACCGGGCUCUUUGCAAACGGAACAGUACAUCGUACCCGUGAAGGACGAGAAAUCGGUUUCCUUCCAGUUCCUUCUGCCCGAGCAGUACUACCUGUGGAAAACAAAGCCGACAAAGUAAGCGGUUUACUGAUUGUUCUUGACGUUCUCUGGACUAGAUGGCCUUUUCUUGGUGCUGCCGUGCUGGAAGCAUAAAGAUAAAGUCAGAGAGCACUACUUACAGAAAUCAACGUAUGGCUCCACAAAAGUUCUUGAGUAGAAGAUCGCCAUAAUGAUCUGGAUCUCUUUCCGCCCGUUAUUGCUUCUACAGGUAUCUCUCCCACAUGCUCGGCCACGAAGGCAAGGGCAGCCUCUUCGCCAAGCUGAAAGAGCAGGGGCUGGCCACCGACCUCUGCGCGGGGCAGGCCUUCGACGAAGCGGGAGUUUGCUUUUUCGCCGUUGACAUCCAACUGACGGAAAAGGGCGAGAAUGAGGUGCCGCUGGUCGGGGAAAUGUUGUUUUCCUACAUCGACUUGCUGCGGUCCGAAACCAGCAAAGUCGACACUGGGGCGGUGAAACCAGAGGACAGCGUGCUGCAUAAGGUACAUGACUGGAAGACGUAGCGGAAUGUGUUGCUGAGUGUUUAUUUGUAGAGUAGGCUUCGGUAGUUUUGUUUACUUCUAGAUGAGAAGCCCUCAAAUUAACAUCGACUUGCUCAGGUUUUCCGCGAGAUGCAGUGCGUGGACGAGAUGAGUUUUAAGUUUCGGUCCCUGUCCAACCCCACCAGCGCGGUUUCGAAUCUUGCGCAGGGUCUGCAGGAAAUCGAGGUGCCUCCCGAGAAAGUGCUGUCCGCACAUGCGAAGAUUUGGGAGUACGAUCCCAAGUUGGUGCACUCCACGCUGUCGCAUUUUACGCUGGACAAGCUGCAGGUCACCAAAGUGGGGGCGAAGUACGAGGACAUGUGCACGGAGCAGGAACACUGGUACGGCACGAAGCACUCGAAGCUCCUCCCUCUAGACCGCGACUGCACGCUGAAAUGGAGCAAACCCCAAGAUUUCGGGCUGGAGCUCUUCCACCCGAACCCAUUCAUCGCAGAGAAACUGGACUUCAAGGCCUAUAGUGGCGCGCAGAAGCCGGAGGCGCCGCCGCAGCGCUACGUCAUCCAAGUGCCGCAGUCGGAAUCUUCUACUCAGGGGAAAGAGUCCUCGUCGCAGGCGAUCAACCAGCGCGGGCUGCAUCUGUACCACAAACAGGACCAGCUGUUUCGGUUGCCCAAGGCCUACGUUGUGUUGAACCUGUAUUCGCCUUAUACGUCGGCGAGUCCGGAAAACAUGCUGAAAACGGAGUUGUGGAGCCAAAGUCUCGCGGAGGAGCUCAACGAAUACAGCUACGACGCGGAACUGGCUGGUCUCAUGUACAAAAUGGGCGCCGAUACAAGAGGGAUUUAUUUGCAGGUAUUAAGGCCGCUUUUGCUUUUCAUAUUCAUUUUCACGCCAUGCGGACGAUUUGAACUUAUUCUACUAGCCUUAUCCCGCUUCCCGUGUCCAGUUGUAACCUGCUGACUUAAUAGUAUUCCGCUAGAUGAAUAGUAGCACUUCUCAUCGUCUCUCUGUGGAGAAUCGUUGUCGGCGCUUCAGCACAGGUAGGCCCAUCUGCCGGCGAUUUUCAAAGCGGGAGAACGGCUUUGGCACGAUCCGGCACCGGCCGGCGCGGAGGGCAGGUUGGCCUUUGCCGUCAUCUUGCAUGCUGGCACCGGCGGGGCCGCGAUCUGGCGGCGGGGGGCGGGCAUGGUCGGGCACCGGCUCGGCGAGGGCCCGACACCGGCGUGGCUAGGGUCCGGCACCGGCUUGGGCAUGAUCGGGGGGGCACCGGCACGGCCAUGACCUGGCACCGGCGUGGCCACGACCUGGCACCGCCUUGGCCAUGAUUUGGCACCGACUUGGCCGCGGCCGGGCACUUGCAGGCAUGGCCAUGAUCCCGCACCGGUUUGGCUAUGCUCGGGCACAGGCAGGCAGGCUUGGCCAUGAUUCACCUGGCACCGGCUUGGCCACGACCUGGCACCGCACCGGCUUGGCCAUGAUCUGGCACCGGCUUGGCUUUGUUACUUAUGAGAUGAUCUGGCCCCGGCUUGGCCAUGAUUGAUUUGGCGCCGGCUUCGGCUUGGCCACGACGGACCCGGGGCCGGCUUGGCUUUGCCAUGAUCUGGAACCGGCUUGGCAGUGGCCUGAGCGAGCGCCGGCCUUGCCGUGAUCUGGCACCGACCGGCCUGGCCACGACCUGGCACCGGCCUGCUUCGAGGCUUCGCUGCUUCGGGGCUUCGCUGCUUCGAGGUUGCGCCGCUUCGGGGCUUCGCUGCUUCGGGGCCUCGAGGCUUCGCUGCUUCGAGGCUUCGAGGCUCUGCUGCUUCGAGGCUCUCCUGCUUCGAGGCUUCGCUGCGUCGAGGCUUCGCUGCUUCGAGGCUUCGCUGCUUCGAGGCUUCGCUGCUUCGAGGCUUUGCUGCUUCGAGGCUUCGCCGCUUCGAUGGUUCGCUGCUUCGAGGGUUCGCUGCUUCGAGGGUUCGCUGCUUCGGGGCUUCGCUGCUUCCUUCGGGGCUUCGGGGCUUCGUUGCUUGUUCGAGGCUUCGUUGCUUGUUCUUCGAGGCUUCGCUGCUUGUUCGCGGCUUCGCUGCUCGUUCGAGGUUUCGCUGCUUGUUCGAGGCUUCGCUGCUUGUUCGAGGCUUCGCUGCUCGUUUGAGGCUUGGCUGCUUGUUCGAGCCCUCGUUGCUUGUUCGCGGCUUUGCUGCUUGUUCGAGCGAGGCUUCGCUGCUUGUUCGGUGCUUCGAGGCUUCGCUGCUUCGAGGCUUCGCGGCUUCGAGGCUGCGCUGCUCCGAGGCUGCGCUGCUUCGAGGCUGAGCGGCUUCGAAGCUUCGCUGCUUCGAGGCUUUGCUGCUUCGAGGCUUUGCGGCUUCGAGGCUUUGCGGCUUCGAGGCUUCGCUGCUUCGAGGGUUCGCUGCUUCGAGGGCUCGCUGCUUCGGGGCUUCGCUGCUUCGGGGCUUCGCUGUUUCGGGGCUUCGUUGCUUCGGGGCUCCGCUGCUUCGAGGCUUCGCUGCUUCGAGGCUUCGCUGUUUCGAGGCUUCGCUGCUUCGAGGCUUCGCUGCUUCCUUCGGCGUUUCGAGGCCUCAUCGUUUCGAGGCGUCGCCGCUUAGAAGCUUGGGCGCUUUGUCUGCAUUCCAUUGUUGUUGUUUUUCGUUUCUUUGUUUUCGUUUUUUGUUUUCAUUCUUUGUUUUCGUUUUUCGUUUCCAUUCUUUGUUUUCGUUUUUCGUUUCCAUUCUUUGUUUUCGUUUUUCGUUUCCAUUCUUUGUUUUCGUUUUUCGUUUUCAUUGUUCGUUUUCGUUUUUCGUUUCUAUUGUUCGUUUUUAUUGCGGGAUACUAUUAAAUAAUGGGUUUUCUGACUUAUAACUAGUCAUGGUAGAGAUUGAGCUGUGCUUGGAUGCGGGCGCUCGCCGCCACCAGCGCAGCGUCGGUCUAAUAUGACCCUCUUUUUGAUAAUUGAUGUUGAUGCAAGUGAAACAAAAUAUAUGAAAAUGAUUUUACUAGGUCGCUGGCUACGAUGACAAGUUGAAUGUGCUCCUGGCCGCGGUCUCUGAUCGCAUCGCCCAGGGCGGCGAGGUGAACCAGAAAACCUUCGACUUGGUUUACGAGCGCUUCCACCGGGAUCUGCUGAACGCGAGUCUGAAACGCCAGCCCUACGAGCAGGCGCUUUCCUGGAGAAAUCGCGUGAUGACCAAGAACCACCGGACGUUCGGUGAGAAGCUUGCGAUAUUGGUGAAGCUGAAGCGCGAGGACCUGACCGACAUCCAGGAAAAAGUUUUUGACGACGUGCACGUCGAAGGUCUUGCGAUGGGAAACCUGUCAAAGCCAGAGGUGAAGGACGCAUUAGUGAAGGAUUUUCUGAAUCGCACUCUAACGCCAUCUGCACCAUCGAGUAGCAGUUCAAAAAGUAACGGGACAGCAAAAAGUAACGGGACGUUCUCGCCCAAGAGCCGCACGACGCCCGUGUCGGACCACAUUGCUCCGAUGUCGACGUUUUUCCUGAAACCGGGCAAGGCCGUGGGCAUGCGCCUCGUUGGGACCAACCCGGACGAGACGAACGGAAGUUCGAUUUUGUCCCUCCAGGUGGGAAAGACCAGUGUUGAAACCUGGAUGAAGACCAGUCUCUACGCCCAGAUCGUUUCCCAGAAAUUCUUCGACGAGCUGCGCACCAAGCAGCAGCUCGGCUACAUCGUCGCUAGCCAAGCGGUAAAAAACGCGCAGAAAACCGAAGUCCUUUACCUCGUCCAAUCCGAGGUCGCUCCGAGUGUCUGCACGCAGAGAAUACUCGACUUCUGCAAGUUGAUGCAAACGGAGUACUUUGUCCCGGCUUCUAGUGCAGAGAGCAAUAAAGAUACAACUCCGGCACCGGCCGGCGAGGAAGAGAAGGCAAGUCACAUCACCGAGGCGCUGUUCGACGAGUACAGGCAAGCUCUCGUGGUGCAGUUGGAGGAGAAACCCAAGAAACUCUCCGACGAGUUUGCCGAGCACUGGAACGAGGUGCGGGAACGAACGAACGACUUCGACCGGCGGGAGAGGUCAAUCGCGUUCCUGAAGCAGCUGAAGUACGAAGAUUUUCUCACCUUCGCCCAGUCUAUCUCCCCGGAAGUCAAUCCGAGCGUGUCGGUGGAACUGGUGCCAGAGAACCUGAAAGACCAGGAGAUGGCACUCCCACCGAUAAAGGUGGCAAACAUGGACACGGUGAACUUCAAGUCAACCGCGGAAAUCGACGCAUUCUUCGAGAAGGACAUUUUUGCGGGUACCGGGGAAUGGCUGCACAGUAACACCAAAAUCGACAAACCGGAAACCAUGUCAAAGCUGUGA